GUCACCGACGGGAGGUGGUGGCGCGUGGAAUGUGAGCGCGUGCCGGCCGCCCAGAGUCGCGGAGUGGGCGGGGGACGGAGGGCGCGGUGACAGUGAAAAGUGCCGGACCGGUGCCGCUGUGUGGCGGCGGUCAGUGUCGGACCGCAGCUCCGCCCGGCGCCAGCGGGUGUCUGAGGGAGGGUCGCGGGUCGUGUGCCGGCCGCGUCCGUCGGUAGGGCAGGCGACGCGCCGCCCGCCCAUCCAGCUCACACCAUGCUACAGAAGGUCUCCCCGGAACCCAUGGAGAACUCGAGCGGCUACGUGUCCAACACCAACUCGAUGAAGCCGCCGCCGGUCAAAUACGCCACGGUGGGCCGCAGCCGGCCCGGCGGCGUGAAGCGCACCUCCUCUCUGGUGGUCUCGCAGCCAGUCGUGCCGCCGCCCGCCGUCUACAAGGCGCCGCCGAGACAGCGCGAGCUGCGCAAACUCUACAAGAACGACCUCUCCCGGCCGUCGUCCCAGGCGUCCCGCAGUAGCGGCGGCUCGGGCGCCGGGCGACGGCCGUCCUCGCGCAGCUCGCGUGAGGCCAUGUCGGAGCGGGCGUCACGCCAGCGCGCUGGCUCCACCCGCCGCUCGUCCUACUCCAAAGUCCGCCGACCCGAGUCUCGCACCUCCUCCAAGGCGCUGAUCCUGCGCCGUCGCGAGUCCAGCCGCCGCGACGCGCCGCAGCGGUCGUCCUCGAUCCGCUCUGGCCGCGAAGCGCGCGAUGUGCGUCCCGACUCGCGCGCCUCGCAGGCGAGUCAGCGGCCGGCCGGGAAGCAGUCUCGCUCCAUUUUUGGCUCGUGGAAGCCGCGCAUCACCCUGCGCCGCUCCAAGUCGCUUCAGGUGAAGCCGGAGCCGGUAAAGAAGCGAGAGAUCCGCUUUGGCGACGAGUACGAACCGAGUGUGAUCAUGAUGAAAGGCGUGGAGCACCGGCGGUCGGAGGCGGGCGCGCGCUCCAUGUCGGCGCGUGCCGACGCUCCGCCGUCGGGUCGCCGUCUCACACAGACCCUGAACCGCCCGCCGCGCCGCUCCAGUCCGCCGACCCGCUCUCAGCGCGCCUCCAGCGCCGACGUGACGCGCCGACUGGAGCCGCUGGGAGAGGCGCCCCAGGAGAGUCCGCCGAGGGCCCGCCGGUACCGACCCAACGAGCGGGCCGGCCGCGCGCCCUCGGAGCUCUCCAGCUCGUCUCCGCGCGCGCCCGUGUGGCGGGCCGACUCGGAUGGCUCUCUGUCGGACACGAUGACGGCCCGCUCGCGCGGCUCGACAGUCCGCUCAGCGCGGCACGGCGACAGGUACGCGGCGCGAUCGCAGCGGUCCCGCACCCGAGUCUCAGAGUCCAGCGGCGACAGAAAGAAUGCCGGAGUCAUGGGCUUCCUGCGGCGCAAGUUUUCACUGAAACCUCGCGACAAGCCGUCACCAGCGCCUGUGAAGAAACGCGAGCGAGCAUCAUCGUCAUCACUGUCCUCGCUGGAGCGACCGGCGCGUCACAGCAAGCUGAAGACGGCCAAGUCUCACGAGGUACUGACGGUGGAGCCGGGGCGAGCCGAGGUGGACACGGAGCGGACUACAUAUCGCUCUCUGCCGCGCACACAGCACCGGAGCGGCGCCGGCGGAACGAGUCUAUCGCGCCGGCUCUCCUCCCUCGGCUGGGCCACCGUCGGGCGGCCGACCGAGCGCAGCCACAGCUUCCGCGACGAGCCGCGCAACAACGAGCGGCUGGACCUGCCGGCGCCGGUAGCGCCGCCCAAAGCCACCAACGAGACGAGUCGCGGCCGGCCGCGCGCGCCACCCGAGGAGGAGCAGCCGAUCCAGCCCAUCAUCCAGCAGCGGCGCGCCCUCUCACAGCCGUCCCUGUUCCACCCGGCUGAGGAGCGCGAGCCGCCACAGGAGCCGUUCACGCACUACGCCAACCUGCCGUUCCAGCUGUCUGCACGGCACCGCUCCUCGCCAGACCUGACCGAGCCGCUGGCGACGGCUCCGGCCGCGCGCGCCGCCUCCCAGCCGAGCCUGGUGGUGGCGGGCCGGGCGAGUCGGCGCUCCUCCGCCUCCUCCAGCAGCCUCGAGUCUCCGGACGAGCGGCGCCACUCGUCGCGCGGCCGCAGCUCGGCGCACGGCGCGCACCGCAAAGGCAUCCUGAAGCGGCAGCGCUCGACUGAGCGGCGCCACGACGGCGUCAAGAACGUCAACGUGACGCGCGACCUGGACAAACACGGCCGUCAGCGACAGCACGGCGUGCUGCACGACAUCGCGCACAACAUCAAAAACGUCUUCCGGCACCGGAAGAGCAGCGACCGGCAGCCGUCCGAGGGCCGCGCGGUCGUCCCCUCGGGCGACUCGGUCGUCUCGGAGCGCUACGUCAACGUGACCAACUCGCACGAGGAGCACGAGUCGGGCCGCCGCGAGGAGGAGGUCCACCAUCUGGGCUCCGUCUCCAACGAGGAGGUGCAGCGCGCCAUCCGGGACGGUGUGGACGCCCGCCGGCUAGUCCAGCGUCAGGUGAGCGCCGGCUCCGGCGGCGGCGGCGCCGUCGUGGAUCCGCGCGCGCCGCAGCGCCGCCUUCUCCACCAGCACGGCCGCAGCUGGCGCACCGUCGACACCGACGACCUGCGCGAGACGAGCCGUCGGGACCGGCACGGCGAGCUGCGCACCGAGUCGGCGCAUACCCACCAGCACGAGGAGUACCACGACGCCCAGGUGCCUGAGGACGGUCCUGACGAGGAAGCGCGCGAACAGGUGCGCUCGUCCAGCCACAGCCGACGCCACACCAAGGACGUGGACAUGCUGGAGCACUUCUCGGUGCCGAGGGGAGGCCGACUGGCGGACGGCAUCAAACUGGGAGACGGACUGCGGUAUGUGAAGGAGAAUGUCGAGGAGCAGCGGCAGGGCGACCCGGAGACGGGCGGUGUGUCGGAGCGGCUCCGGGAGCUCCACCGGCCGGCACUGCAGCACUCCAGCACUUCGAUCGAGUACCGCCCCGGCGAGCAUAGGGCCAGGGGCGGCCCCAGCAGCAGCUGGCUCAACGGCCACCUCAGCGCCGAGUCGCCGCCGUCGCCGCGGAGUCCAGAGGAGGGCGGCCGCCGGCAGACCGGCUCCAGCCACCCGGAGACCUGGCGACGCACCGAGAGCUACACCCGAGAGGUGCGCGAGACGCCCGAGCGCACCUACAUCAAGGAGACGCGCGAGUCGCCGCGCGGCGGCUACGAGCGCGUGCAGCUGGUGCCGGCCGGCGCGCCGCGACCGCCCGUCAGCUCGGCCAUCUCCGACCUGGUCUCUGAGGUGGACGAGGACCCCAUCUUCGCCAGCAAGUUCAGCUUGGGCAAGUCGCGCGGCGGCGGCGCCACCCUGGCGUUCACUAGCGUGCCGCGCGAGGUGGAGCGGCCGCCGUCUCCGCCCGCGCCCACGGCGCCGCCGCGGACCAAGAGGAAGAACCGGCAGAAACAGCAGGCGCCGCCGCCGCCAGAGCCGCCGCGGGAGGUCACCCACACGCCACCUCAGAGGCGCCGGACGCCACCACAGGAGGCGCGCUACUCUCCACCCCAAGUGCGCCGCAUUCCCUCCCAGGAGGCGCGCUACUCCCCGCCCCAGAUGCGCCGCAUUCCCUCCCAGGAGGCGCGCUACUCCCCGCCCCAGAUGCGCCGGUCCUCGCCGCAGGAAACGCGCCACUCUCCGCCGCCGGUGCGACGCUCUCCGCCGCAGGAAACCCGCUACUCUCCGCCGCAGGAGACGCGCUACACACCUCCCCGUCGGUCGUCAGCCGGUGAGCGCGACAGUACUCCGGUGCGCGUGCAGACCACUCAGCAGGAGGACGGCCGGAUCGUGAAGGAGUACCACUUCUGCAGCAGUCCGCGGCCGCAGCGGCCGGUGCGGCGCGGCUCGCCGGUCGCCCGCGACUCGCCGUCGGCUGUCUGGGAGCGCAGUCGCAGCUCGGACGAACCGGACGGACCGGCGGCGGCGCGGCUCGACGGACUGGCCGGCCGGCGGCACCAGAGCACCGAGCAACUCGACUGGCGCGCCGCCGAGCCGCCGUUCAGCACACAGACGGUGGACCGGCGGCGGCCGGCGCGGCCGCACCAGGAGCCCGUCCUCCAGACACAGACGCUCCCCAGGAAACCGCGUGAGUCGCGCGACCCGCCGUCGGCCAGUCGGCUCGGCGCCUCCUCCAAAUUCGGCGGCAGCAUGAUCAACGUCUCCGUCCGGAACAACGUGUUUGGUAGCUCACCGGUGACGCGUCAGCCGCCGCGCCGCACUAACAGUCUGUAUGAGAAGGAGGAGGGGCCGGCCGGCGGCGGCCUCAAGAGCCCCGACAUCAUCUCGGCCAUUCAGAGGACGAGCGGUACGCGGCGCGAGGAAGACGACGAUCUCCAGCGUCGGAGCGUCGAGAAGGAGCCCGAGUGGCGGCCGACCGUGUCGGCGCACCCGCCGCCGCCGCCGCCGCCGCCCCCGCCCGCCAAGGUUCCCAAGGUGGCACCCAAAGUUGCGCCCAAGGUGGCGCCCAAGCCGCGACCAGCGACCAAGGAGAACUUUAUGCGCGGUCUGAUGCAGAACGCUCCCGAACUGUACUCGGCACUGCACGGCGACGAGCGGAAGGACUCCAAGACGCCGUCUCCGAAGCAGAGUCCGCCUCCAGCGCUGUAUCGCGCCCGCUCGCCGGCGCCGCUUACCCUCGACUACGGGGCCAUCUACCCGAAAACGCCGCCCGUGUUCAAGCGACUGGAGCGGCUGCGGGCCGACGAGGAGGUGGUGACCAAAGAGGGCCGCUCGCGCUCCACCACGCCCGCCGAGGACGUGCACAACUUCCGACUGGGCACCAUGUCCCCGACCGGGGAGCGCACAGAUCUGAUCAAGGUACAACGGUGAGCUGCCGAGUUCCGAGUGAGCUCACAGCCCGCUGACUGUCGCCACAGCCGCCAGUACCCACCAGCCGCCACCCCGGGUCGGCCCUGCCGACCUGACGGCGCCCUGCUGCCUCAGCGUGCGGAGAGACACGGCGGAGACACAGGCUGCUCUGCCUCAGCGCCCAGGAGACACGGGCUGUUCUGCCUCAGAGCUGAGAGACCACUCUGUCACCAGUGGCGAGAGAGAAUGUCCGCCCGUCGCCCAGUGCCGGUAGAGCAGCAGUGUGUCAUGUUCAAGUGUCGUGAGAAGGACGUCCGUGCCGGCCGUUCGCCCCCGUGGAUUCACUGAACCGGGAGCGUCUUAGAAAAGUGGCCGGCUCGAGCUCGCUAGGCGCCAUCGAACGUUCGGCGAGUUGUUUAGGUCGAACGACCCCUGACGCGAAUACCGAUCGAACUGGUGAAUGUUUAUCGAUGUAGGCACCUAACGCUUACUAGCGUGCACAGUGCGCCGCAGAGAUGUUAUGCCAUGAUAAGUGUGUGCCGUGAAUUAAACCAUGGUGCUGUGUUGUGCCAAUGCCUGCGUGACAAACCUAAUAUUAGGAGUGGCUUAUUUAACUAAUAAUUGCCUUUUAUCAUCUCUAAUCGUUCUCCAUAUCUGUAAAUAGUUCGAGAAGUAGCGUUCAUUCUAUGAGUGUAUGAGCGAGUGUCUUCGUAAAGCACAGAGCGAGUGGAGGUUGAUUGAAUCCAUAGACGGCUGGACGGCCAGCCCGGCCGACGGCUCUGCGCAUGUAAGAGAGAAAGAGAGAGAGAGAGAGAGAGAGAGAGAGAGAGAGAGAGAGAGAAAGAGAGAGAGAGAGAGAGAGAGAGAGAGACGUGUCUCUAUGCAUAAGCCAGUCAAUAAACUGAAGACGCAG